AUGGAAUCAACUUCUGAAACUGAAAAUCCCACUGUUGCUUCUAUAAGCACCAUGAUUGACCCUGGAAAUCCCCUUUUUAUCCAUCCUUCUUACAGUCCUAGUGCUACUCUAGCUCCCGUACCCUUCGAUGGUGUAGGUUAUCGUUCAUGGCAUCGUAGUGUAUUACGAUCUCUGUCAAUUAAGAACAAAUUAGGUUUUAUCAACGGUGUGUGUAAGAAACCAGUUUCACAAACAUCUUCGGAAUUGCUCCAAUGGGAGAGAUGUGAUGAUAUGGUUACAACAUGGAUUCUUAAUUCUCUUACGAAGGACAUUGCGGAUAGCGUCGAGUAUGUAUCCAGUUCCCACAAACUUUGGACUGAGCUAGAACACCGUUAUGACCAGACUAAUGGGGCAAAACUAUACCAAAUUCAGCAGGAAAUUAGUUAUUUACAUCAGGGCACACUGGAUAUUACUGGUUAUUACACAAAAAUGAAGAAACUUUGGGAAGAAAUUAGCAUAAUUACGGCAAAGCAUCAAUGUGUGUGCCAAUGCCCCUAUGGAGGUAACAUCCUUAUGAUGACGCCUUUGCCCACUAUUGGGCAAGCGUUUGCACUACUAAUACAGGAGGAAAACCAGAGGGAACUACGACCUCUCAACCAUUCUUUUGGUGAGUCAUCCUCUAUGCAUAGAGGAUCAGGUCCAAGUCAGGGAUACAAGUUUGCUAAAGGUAAAGGAGUAGUUUUCAAUGCCUUAGGAAUGGAUUCUGAUCCAUUGUCUGUGAAUUUAGGCAACACUCUUACUACCAAUGCACAUGACUGUGGAGUUGCCAAUUUUGCAG